CUAUGGCGGAUCUGAGAGCUGCUGUCACUCACGGUGUCCGUAACGAUUGUAAAUAAAACACAAAUACUAUCAUUUACACUGAUUUCACUUCGCUUACCACAAGAUCAAUAUUGAGGCUUCGGCUUCAGCAGCUUUGGAGCGCCAGCCAUGGCGUCUCUGUCCGAGGAGGUGUUGUUGGUGGUGAAGAGGGUCCGUCAGAGGAAGCAGGACGGGACUUUGUACCUGAUGGCCGAGCGGAUCGCCUGGGGUCCGGAAGGGAAGGACCGCUUCACAGUCAGCCACCUGUAUGCCGACAUCCGCUGUCAGAAGAUCAGUCCUGAUGGGAAGGCGAAGAUCCAGCUCCAGCUGGUUCUGCACACGGGAGAAAGCACCACCUUUCAUUUCGCCAAUGAGAGCACAGCACUGAAGGACAGAGACGCCACCAAAGAACUCCUACAGCAGCUCCUGCCCAAGUUCAAGAAGAAAGCCAAUAAAGAGCUGGAGGAGAAGAACAGGAUGUUGCAGGAAGACCCUGUUCUGUUCCAGCUCUAUAAGGACUUAGUGGUGAGUCAGGUGAUCAGCGCUGAGGAGUUCUGGGCCAAUCGGCUGAGCCUGAAUUCUGUGGAGCACUCCCUCUCCAACAACAACAAACAGGAAGUGGGCAUCUCUGCUGCCUUCCUGGCCGACAUUAGACCGCAGACAGAUGGCUGCAAUGGUCUGCGCUAUAAUCUGACCUCUGAUAUCAUCGAGUCGAUCUUCAGAACUUACCCUACAGUCAAGCAGAAAUACGCUGAGAAUGUUCCUCACAACAUGACGGAGAAAGAGUUCUGGACGCGGUUCUUUCAGUCUCAUUACUUUCACAGAGACCGGAUCAACACGGGCCAGCAGGACAUCUUCUCAGAGUGUGCCAAACAGGACGAGAAGGGCCUGAAGUCAAUGGUGACCCAGGGAGUGAAGAACCCCAUGGUGGAUCUGCUGUCACUCGAGGAUAAAACAUUAGAUGAGGGUUACGGGACAGCUACAGUUCCCACUACGUCAAACCCAGCAAACAAAACGCUGAGAGAGAACAGCAACUCUGCCAUAAUCAAACGCUUCAACCACCACAGUGCCAUGGUCCUGGCAGCCGGCCUACGCAAGGCGGAAGCUCCCAAUGAUCAAGCCAGUGAGACCAGCAGCACUGAUGGGAACUCCAGAGAUUCAGAUUUCUUCCAGCCACCACUCAAAAAGGUGAAAUUACAGGAAGCCAUCGAGUAUGAUGACCUGCAGGGUGACUCUGGGCGAAAGACCAUCGCUCUGAACCUAAAGAAAUCAGACAGAUAUUCCCAUGGCCCGGUUCCUCUUCAGUCGCAGCAUUACACCACCAGUCAGGACAUUAUCAACUCCAUCAGCAUUAUCCAGCACGAAAUGAGGAACUAUAAACCCCGUCUGACACAGGUGAUGUCCAGCAGUGCGGCGAGCUCCGCCAUCACAGCGCUCUCACCUGGAGGGGUUCUGAUGCAGGGCGGAGGCCAACAGACCAUUAACCAAUUAGUGCCCACUGAUGUUCAGAGCGAGCUGAAGCACUUAUAUACAGCCGCCGGAGAGCUGCUCCGACACUUCUGGUCCUGUUUCCCCGUCAACACUCCGUUUCUGGAGGAAAAGGUGGUAAAGAUGAAGUCUAACCUGGAGAGAUUCCAAGUGACGAAGCUCCGCCCCUUUCAAGAGAAGAUCCAACGGCAGUAUUUGAGCACUAAUCUAACGGGGCACCUGGAGGAAAUGCUUCAGGCUGCGUACAACAAGUUCCAAGCCUGGCAAACGCGCAGAAUGAUGAGAAAAACCUGAGGAGACGGAGAGAAAUCCAUGAAAGAGAGAAAAGACUGGGUGAAUUUAAAGAGAAAAGGGAGAAGAACAGAGACGCUCUCUCCCAGCUUGGGCCGAAUGGAGCCUGAUGGGCGGAUUUUCCAGCCAAUCAGAGCUGGAGGUGCUAGUGAGCAUGUCUGCCUGGGGGAGGGGCUUGGAGAAGCAAAUUCUGUAAUCCUAUUGGUCCACGUGGAGAUGGGCUGCGCAAGUCACAAAUAACUGUAAUUAUUUUCUUCUCUCUUUACUUUGUUCGUUCCGUUCCGUUUUUUUUGCCUUUCCUGUUUUUUUUUGUUUGUUUUUUUCAGUGGAUAAUUUCAUUUCCUAGGUAAGAUGUGACAUUUUAACAGUGUUGUAUUUCUACAAUGACCAAACUGGGCUCAAUAAUAUCGGUGGAAACUCAGGAACUUAUAACGUUUAAUGCAAAGGACUCAGUUUGAGGGAGAAGCUUUUAAGUCAUUGAUAAGGAGGACUCUUUACAAAUCGGCUAUUGCAAUCCAGUACAACCCUCCCGAGACUUGAGGCUGAUUGGAAAUCAGUUGCUCGAGACGCGCCAAUGGGAGGAGAUAUAGCAAUACUGUAAAAAAAAAAAAACAAAAAAAAAAAAAAAAAUAAUAAUUUCUAUGUAGUGCAUUUACUGAUCUGUGUACGCCAUGAACACGUACACGCUCAUCCGCACUGCUUUAUAACGUGUCUUCUCUAGCUGCACUGAGUUGUGGAUGUUAUUGCAAAUAAAGUCAUGGUUUAAACUGUUCAACUGGUGUCGU